GUGAUCUGGCAUGCUUAGGGGGGCGAUGCGCUCCCUGACAUGACCACGGUACUCCCGAAUAAAUUGUGUUCCAGCUCCUGACUACGAUAGCACUGUUCUACUGGCUCUCGGUCUAGACUUGGUCUUUUCCUCGCCGAGUCGUUUCGGUCCCGCUUGCUGCCUGUGGUGGCGAGACAUCAUGUUGUGGGGCUCAGAGACGGAAGCAAAUCUGGCGGAGAUUGUAUGUUACCAAAAAGGUGACGAGAUUGAUGAUGGGAUCCUGUCGUGAUCGAGUAUUCGUUAUUCGAACUUGAGCGUGGUCUUCUUUCUUCCCUCUCCUUGCCUCAGUCGUUGGCCGGCUUCUUUCUCUGAGGUCGUCCUUGCUCGAAUUCCGCCUAAUCACCUUCAUACCUCCAUUCUUUCUCUGUCUCAGUUAAUAAACGCUUCUAGGAGGCCCGUUGCUAUUCAAUACGCUCCGAAAACGGCCGCUAGGUCUCCAAUCCCUUAUACCCUCUUUCCGCUCUCCUACUGGUCCUGGCUCAUCGAAGGCGUCGUCUCGUAUUCUUUCUUUGACGACGCUCUCUAGCCUUUUCCGAAGCGCAACCAGUCAUGCUCAUCAAAUUGACUCCUCCGACCGGCCCAGUUAGCAAAGAUGGCCAAGGCCAAGGAUCCGUUCCUCCAACCAUCCUUUUUGCCUUAAAUUUCCCCGACCUCCCUCCCUCUCUUCCCAUUCCGCCGGCCUGGUCAAUGCAACUCGGACGGCUAGCCGCCGACGACCUCGAAGCCCCACCGUCACUUCACGCGUUAGACCGCGCCGCUGGGAUCCCGUCUCUUCUCUCUGAGGUGCUUUUUGACCUCCCCGUUCGUAGAGUGACGUGCACUUUCCUUGACGGAAAGAUUGAAGAUUGGGAGCUGGGAGACAAGUGCGAGCAGAUGCUCAAGCGCGUCAUUGAGGAUGUGGAGGAGAGCGGAAGAGUGGAUGAUAGAGCGAGGCACUGGCAGAAGGUAGAGACUGAGAGAGCUCAGGCUGCAACUCUGGCACGGCAUCGGGAAAGAGAGGAGAAAUUGCAGCGCGAACUGGCUCAACUGCAAGAGGCAAGCAGGGAGAGGGAAUCAGAGACGGACCCAGAGUGCCAGGAUGUGCCAGUCGACAAGGGAAAGGAGAAAGAGCGCGUCUUAAACUCGCCACCGACGCACAAAGGGCAAAAGUCCAAGGGUCGGCUACAACGUUCCCGUUCAUUACUGAUGGCGCUAGUACAGACAUUUUCGGCGAGUAACAACUCAGGUUUGCCACCAUCCUCUCCUUUAGCACAAAUUCCAGCCUCGGCACCUGCCUCACGUUCUUCCUUUGCUGGUCAGCGAUCAACAUCGCCCUUUCGAGCUUUCGCACGCCGAGCGUCUUUCUCUACGCUGUCAGGUGCUACCCCUACCGCACGAAGCGAUCAGCCAACUGUUGUCGAAGGACUGCCACCGACGACUCCUCGAACCCAUCGCAAUCUGGAAACGCCUCCAGGAUCGGCCCCAGCAUCCUCAUUUCCGUCUUCUCUUGCGGUUCAGCAAAUGCAGACAUUGUCGUCCAUCAUCCCUGCUCCAUCCGAAGAAAUGAGUGCACGUGCUCUACGACGGCGGGCGCGGUCCACAUUAGUGGAUGCAUUUCGCGCUCACGUGCUCCCUGAGCUAGCACCGCGAGCGGGGCUGUACGAACAAUCCAGCCAACAGCAUCACCGUCGGUCGUCCUCAGAAAGCUCGACAGUGAGCACCAUGUCGAGCUCGGUGCUUGCUCCGGGUGGCGGAUAUCAUGCUUGGGUUGCGCGUAGCAUGAUGCGCCGUGCCCAAGUGCGUAUGGAUGAACUGGAAGAUCAAUGGCCCGAGCUUUCGCCGCACUCACGGGGGGUUUCAGAACAUUCUGUCGACCACUCUGCUCCAUCGAUAAACGCGCUGAACACUAUCGCAUUCCCGGUUUCCCCGCGGCGCGCAACGUUUGAGCCAUGGUCGUCGGACGAAAGUGGCAGUGACCAGUCGGACGAGGAUGAGAGCCAGGUGGACCAGGACAGCCUGAACGAGUGUGGUCUCGUUGAAGACAGUGGGGAAUCUGACACGGAUGGGUCUUCAGUUCACACCCCCGAGUCGAUUCACGCGAAUAUCGGCUACAGCGGUGUCCAGCACACCACAGAAACCUCGGCGAGUUCGACGAGCUCUUACUUCACAUGUGCUGCGGACACAGCAGACGGCGACGAUCCCUCGUCAACAACCUCGCACCUCCGACGGCCGGCGCAUUCUUCGCCGAUUCACUCGCGUUCUGCGUCCAGUGCACAUCCU